UAAUUUUUUUUCGCUUUUUCCCCUAGUUAUGAGCAGUUCCACAGUCCACUGAAACCCCCACCGGAGUUCUCCCUCGCCGUUUGCUUCUUCUCUUGUCUCUUUUCGAUUGAAGCUCCGUUCUUGAUUGAUCCAGGUUGGAAAAAGCCAUGCUUUCUUCUUGGUUGUUGAAUGCUUUCCAUAGGGAUAAUAUGAGGGAAAUUCAGCUUGGCACACACACAGUGCAGUCUCAUGGAGUAAAAGUAGCAAAGUUUCACAAGCAUGACUGGUUUAUUCUCAUUUCUCUACUUGUACUAGUGGGUACUCUGGAUGCUAUACAUCCUUUCUAUCGCUUUGUUGGAAAGGAUAUGAUGACUGAUCUUAAAUAUCCAUUAAAAAGCAACACUGUGCCAGUAUGGGCUGUCCCGAUUAUUGCAGUGCUGUUACCCAUGGCUGUCUUUGUUGGCUUCUAUUUCCGAAGAAGAGAUGUUUAUGAUCUACAUCAUGCAAUACUGGGUCUCCUAUAUUCUGUGUUGAUCACUGCUGUUAUAACUGAUGCAAUCAAGGAUGCUGUUGGACGGCCUCGGCCUGACUUCUUUUGGCGAUGUUUUCCUGAUGGAAAGGAGUUGUAUGAUAACAUCACAGGAAAUGUUAUUUGCCAUGGAGAGAAAAGUGUGAUAAAGGAAGGACACAAAAGCUUCCCAAGCGGUCAUACUUCAUGGGCCUUUUCUGGUCUUGGCUUUUUGGCAUUGUAUUUAUCUGGGAAAAUCAAAGUGUUUGAUCGUAGGGGUCACAUUGCGAAACUUUGCCUUGUAUUUCUUCCUUUGCUCUGUGCGUCACUUGUUGGAAUUUCUCGGGUGGAUGACUAUUGGCAUCAUUGGCAGGAUGUCUUUGCCGGCGGUCUUCUUGGACUUGCAAUGGCGACAUUUUGUUAUCUGCAGUUCUUCCCUCCUCCUUAUCACACUGAAGGCUGGGGACCUUAUGCAUACUUUCAGAUGCUGGAGGAGUCCCGGGCGAGCGGGAUCACGCCGAGCACUGCAAACAUGCAUACUGAGGCAAACAAUGGGAUCAGAUUACAUGAACAAGGAAACCAAAACAGGACCAUUCUUGAUGAAUUGGAAGCAGGCAGGCUGUAAAAGUAUCUGAUUGAAACAAGCUUGUGUUGCAUUUUAUGUUUUUGUGUUCUUACUACGUUGUCACUGUUUAUGCUAACUUAGAAUUGUUAUCAGUGUAUGUUAGUUUGACUUACGAUCAUAGAUUAGAAAUCUACCAACAUUUACCAAUAUUUAUGCAGGAUGUUGGAUUUCAAUCCAA